AUGAAGGCUUCUACACUGUUGGCUCUCCCGGCACUUGCCUUGGCUUAUCCGGGUCUGGACAAGGAGACGGCUGCUGCUGACUUCGAAAAGCGUCAGUUGCGAGGACUCGUCACUGGACUGGUCGAAAGUGUCUCGGGCUAUGCUGGUGCGAUAGCUGCGCAGGUGAAUCAGGACAACCUUCGCCCAGAGCCAGGAUUCGAGUUCCAGGAGCCAGGACCAGACGAUGCUCGCGGUCCUUGCCCAGGUCUGAACCUUCUCGCCAACUAUGGCUAUCUGCCAAGGGAUGGCAUCGUCACCAUGGGUGAAGUCAUCGAAGCAGUGCAACGUGGUUUCAACAUGGGCAUCUUGCUCAGCACCGUCUUGUCUGUCUUCGCCAUUCUGACAGACGGUGACAUCGAAACAUUGUCAUGGUCGAUUGGUAGCUCACACAAUGGAAUUGGCGGCCUCAAUCGACACUCGACAGUUGAGGCAGACAUCUCGCCAAACAGGGAAGACUACUACAACGGCUGCGGAGACAACCACCACUUGAGCUCGCGCAUUUUCAAGCAGAAUGUCGAGUUCGUCGACCAGGAUCCCAACAAGGAGUUCAGCUAUGAUGUUAUGCGGAAACAAUACGAGGCCAACAGCAAAUUCACGCAAACAUACAAUCCAUGGAUCUACUACUUCCCCUUCCCAUCGAUCGUCUCGGUUGUCGCGUUCAACUUUUACCCGGAGUACUUCGCAAACGGCACAUAUGGUGCUGGUGGUGUCGCAAACUACGAGUCUAUCUCUAGCAUCGUCGGUGCCAAAUAUGACGAGGAGACCGGCAACUUCGAAUACGUCCCAGAGAGAUGGCCAGAAAACUGGUACCGUCGCUCAACAUCAUACGAUGCCGUCGAGGCUCUCGUUGAUGGGUUCACACGCAUCUACCCAGUCAACCCAGUCGCUAUGCCAGUAGGACAGAUUGGGACACCGAACCUCAACGCCAGCACUCUUCUCUGCAACGUGUACCAGGGACUCAACUCCAUCGCACCUCUCGCACUCGCUGGUCAAUCCCAAGCCGCUCAAGCAGGUGUCUCGAGCCUUCUGGGCAAGCUUGUCGACCUAGGUCUUGAUGGCACCACCCUUGGUUGUCCAAAGGAUACCAUCUCGGCCAACUUCUUGUACCCAAAUGCCACGACUGCUGGUGGCCCACUCGGCCCAAGCCUGGAUCGGGUGUCCAACAAUGGCAACAACGUCUACUACAAGACUUAUCACACUGAGGCACCAAAGUAUCCUAAGUGCUCGUACUUGAAUGAGCCAGAGACGCCGGAGGAGCAGCCUGAAAAUGAGCCUCCGACUGAGGGCGAUUAUCCUUCGCAGCCGUACGACAACUAGAGAGCUGUGGGAACCAUUGACGAGAACAAAGAAAAGAUACGAAUUCAAGGAUAUAGAUCACGACUAUGAAAUUGUAAUUAUCAC